AUGGAUGCAGGCGGUGGGAUGAUAUUUAUGCUUGUCAUAUCUUCCUUUUGGAUCGUAUUUCUACUUAUCUUCUGCGUCAGCGUUAUGAUCGUAUAUAGGAUAUGGCCGCUACAAAAUGUACGUGAUAUCUUUAGUUUCUUUUUAGAUUCCCAUGUUGAAAGGGGAAUGUCCAUUCACGACUUCAGCAUAACACAGUUCAUCGCAAAGUCAAAUCUCCGUUAA